UAGCGCAGUCAGAGCCAGAGCCCCUCUGUCCCUCCGUGAUGGCGGAAGACAGCGAGUCCGCGGCCAGCCAGCAGAGCCUGGAGCUGGACGACCAGGACACCUGCGGCAUCGACGGAGACAACGAGGAGGAAAAUGAGCACAUGCAAGGGAGUCCUGGUGGAGACCUUGGUGCAAAGAAGAAAAAGAAGAAACAGAAGAGAAAGAAAGAAAAACCCAGCUCAGGAGGAACCAAGUCCGAUUCCGCCUCUGAUUCUCAGGAGAUAAAGAAUCCAGCCAUUCCCAUGCAGAAGCUGCAGGACAUUCAGAGGGCGAUGGAGCUGCUGUCCACCUGUCAAGGACCUGCCAAGAGCAUAGAUGAGGCCACUAAGCACAAGUACCAGUUCUGGGACACCCAGCCCGUCCCAAAACUUAAUGAGGUUGUGACUACUCAUGGGCCGAUUGAGCCGGAUAAGGAGAACGUCAGACAGGAGCCAUAUUCCCUCCCACAAGGCUUUAUGUGGGACACGCUGGAUCUCAGCAAUGCUGAAGUGCUGAAGGAGCUGUACACAUUGCUGAAUGAGAAUUAUGUUGAAGAUGAUGACAACAUGUUUAGAUUUGACUACUCUCCUGAUUUUCUCAAAUGGGCAUUGCGUCCACCUGGCUGGCUGCCCCACUGGCACUGUGGUGUGCGGGUCUCAUCCAAUAAGAAACUAGUGGGCUUCAUCAGCGCCAUUCCUGCAGACAUUCACAUCUACGACACGUUAAAGAAGAUGGUGGAGAUCAACUUCCUAUGUGUGCACAAAAAGUUGCGCUCCAAGCGUGUUGCUCCGGUUCUGAUCCGAGAAAUUACACGAAGGGUUAACCUGGAGGGCAUAUUCCAGGCCGUGUACACCGCUGGGGUGGUGCUGCCCAAACCUGUAUCCACAUGCAGGUAUUGGCAUCGCUCUCUAAAUCCCAGGAAGCUUGUUGAAGUGAAAUUUUCCCAUCUCAGCAGAAACAUGACACUACAAAGAACCAUGAAACUCUACAGGUUAUCUGAUAGCACGCGUACCCCUGGGCUGAGGCCAAUGGUGGCUGCUGAUGUAAAGCAGGUGACAGCGCUGCUGCAGAAGUACCUCAGUCAGUUUCACUUGCGACCUGUCAUGGGAGAGGAGGAGGUCCAGCAUUGGUUCUUACCGCAGGAGAAUAUCAUAGACACAUACGUAGUGGAGGGUGCUGAUGGUAUGUUGACUGACUUCACCAGUUUCUACACCCUACCAUCCACAGUCAUGCACCAUCCACUGCACAAGAGCCUGAAGGCAGCAUACUCCUUUUACAAUGUGCACACAGAGACGCCGCUGAUGGACCUGAUGAACGAUGCACUUAUACUUGCAAAACUGAAAGGCUUUGAUGUUUUUAAUGCUCUGGAUUUAAUGGAGAAUAAGACUUUCUUGGAAAAGCUCAAGUUUGGAAUUGGAGAUGGCAACCUUCAGUAUUACCUUUACAACUGGAAAUGCCCUCCUAUGGACCCAGAGAAAGUUGGACUCGUGCUACAAUAACUGACUGCUGGGUGGCUGAGACACUUGCAGGACGCAGGAGGUAGACGGCAUAAAUAAAAACAAAAGACAACAAUCCAUUCAAAGUGAAUGAGUUCCAUCGUGCAGCUCUCUUAGGUCUCGUUUUGGUUACGAGAGGGUUCUCUCUCGGUUUUUCUUUCUCUAUAUCCUGAAUGUGAAAACCAUCAGCUUCAGACUGACUUCUUCAUACUGUAUCAAGACAGACAUACACAAGUUUAGAAUUCAUUUAAGACAUGCAUAAACUAUCAACAUCCUUUUUCUAAAAUGCACACACGCGUACGCACGCCUCUCGGACGACCGGUUAGCCCCCGCCCCCAAACCCUAUUUCUUUCUGUUUGUUCUACGAAGGUGCAUUACGUGAUGUGUGUGAGAAAGAGCUAGCAUCCUGUAUAGUUAACGCCAGAUAUUUAUUAUGUGUUGUGUGGUUUACAUGGGGCUAAGAAACAAGGGGAGGGUGAAAUCCAAAGGCUUUUACUGUGGAGCUGCCUCCAUAGGAGUUCCUGCAGUUAGUCUGUAGGUUCAAGGGGUGUUGCUGGGUACAUGUGAGAAAGAAUGUAUUGCAUUUUUGAAGCACAACAUGUUCUUAAAGGAGCAGAACGCUCCAAUGUGCAUUUUUCAGACUUUUUUUUGUUUGUUUUAUGUGUUUAGGUCUUGAGUGUCUGAAAGCAACUAGAAAGAAGAAUGUGAAUUCUCGUUUUAAAUUUGUUUCGUAAUGGCAUUUUAGUGUUUGUUAUGCCAGACGUAGUUUAUUUUUUUCCAUUCGCUCCUCAACGUUUAGUCUUUCAUUUCAAGCAAUUCUGAUAUUUAGAAUUGUGUUUAAGUUAAAUUUGUUGUCUUCUUUUAUAUCUAUAUAUUAUGUCAGUAUUGUUUUCGAUGAAACCAUGCAUCCAUCAGACCGACUGCGUAAAAGGAAGGAGGCAUUUGCUGGUACGUCCUGGGAAUUUUCGUAUAAGCACAAAGAAACGGACAAGUCGAACAAUCACGUGCGCGUCGUCUCUUUGACGACGAUCUUCACAGCCACAGCUUUCCAGGCGCUUUUGGUUACGUGCGGCCGAGAAGACCUGCUUGUUACUCAAUGGAACGAUUGAUUAAAUCACUGUUACAUGGGAUUUUUCCGAAAAACUGACUAUUUAUACGGUUAGAAACUGCCUUUGUGUUCCUGCUUCUCUUGUCGUAGUUGGCAUCAAUGUAACAAGAGUCUACAGGCUUUUCAAACAAGCACACAUCCAGGUAUCAUGCUUACAAAAGAAAAUGAAGAAAAAGAGCAAAUCUCACACCUUGAAGAAUGAAUCCAGUGUUUUUCCAAUCUAAUCUUUGUUUGUUCGGUUACCACAGGCAAUAAAAACCCUUACAGUAGAAUCCGGCAUCUGCUGCCCUUACUGAUCCUGCACUAAUGCAUCUGACCCAGCCAAUCAGGAACUUCUGAGGAAGUUAAUUAGCUGGAGUAGGUGUGACCAAUUGUGGUUGGAACCAGAGAACUUGUAGAGAGUAGAAUUUCCGGGUUUCUCAAAUGCUAGAGGGCGCUCCUGAGCGAGUCCAAAAUGAAUGGUUUGUUAUGGAGCAUUUGAGCAAAAUCAUAGUUUAUAAAUGCUUCAACAUUUUUUAUGUAAAAGAAUCCAAUCAUUUCCUGAACACAGAACAGCAUAAAACAUUUUAACACUGCUGUUAUAUUUUUAAGAGCUUUUAAACUCAAGUUAUAGGAGUUUAAAACGGCGCCUCAUGUACAUUCAUGACAUCUGUGAGUGCGAACAGCCAAUGAGCUGCUCCGCUCGCCAAUCAGUCAUCACUCUCUAGCAGUAAAGCCCACCUUCUGCUGCUCAAAACCCGUUUACUGUAGAAAAAGGAAUCAUACAGGUGAGUGUUCUUGUUUUUUUUGUGAAAUACUUCCCUCUACUUUCUAAAAUUUAAAGGAAAAUUCUGGGCGAGAGAUUAGAAACUAUUUUAACUUUUCGUUUUAGCCGUUGAGCUCCAUUUACUCUCAUUCACUGAGGACUCCCUCGAGGGCGCCCUCCGCUGUUUUGCAGUCAUGUUUUUGAUACAUAACGGGGGAAAUAGGAAGUGGCCAUGCUCCUCAUAAACCGGCUCUGGUUUGAAUUAGUCUCUACAGGAAGUUAGAUCUCCAGGCCCAGGGAUGGUGGCCACAGCUCUAGACACUUUGUAGCUCCCAAGUAAUGACAGAAACAGCUCAUGUAAGCAAACUUUACUCACCGCUGCCCUCUAGACUUACUACAGCACCAGUCGGAAGGACUUAUGUUGUUUUUAAGACCAAUAAGGUGACUGAAAAUGCGUUGUCUGCUUUCUUUUAUUCACAAAUAUAUUUGCCUCGGCUCAGUUGACGCAAACACACCCAGUUCACAUUCGGUUUCUUGCUAAUAGCUGUGGAAAAUCAUUGCAGUGAGGCAGUUGAUUAUUUAUGUUGAGUUAGCAGCUUUUCUGUUCAGUUUCCUAAGUACAAGGGAACACGUCAGAAUUGUCUGUGGUGAUCGACUGUAUGAUAGAGAUGUGAAAAAAUAAAGAUUAGGUUGAAAAACACUGAAGUAUUCCUUUAAGUUUUGGUUAAAUUCCUGAAGUCCAGGGCACUUUGCGAAUGUCAGUUUGUGUAUGCGGUCCUGAAGCUUGCUGUAUGAAAUGAGCAUGAUUUUUUUUUAUUAUUAUUAUUAUUAUUAUUAUUAUUUAUUAUUUUCCCCCCUCUCCCCCGAUGUGUUGGUUUAAGAAUUCCUGAGUCGCAACAGUGAGAACACCCAAAGUACUUGCCUUAUUUGAGAGGUCGUUUUUUAAAUAUCAGAUGUAGUUUUGAAAUGACGCUCAGCUUUCUCUUUCUGAAAACAAUAUUUUUAUUGAACUCCAUUGCAGGUUGUUUAAUGACCUUAAAGGAAACUGUAACCAGCACCAUGUCAAACACGGUGGCCACCCAGAUAUGUAAUUGUUAAAAACUACAUUAAGGUAUACCAGCAUGGAUUAUUUGAUUGAAUAAAAAUCAUCUGAAUCUGAACCAACUA